GCCGCCGCCUCUGAGCUGCUGCAGCCGGACACAGACGCAGCAGACCCGGCCGCAGACACGGAGCCAUGGCCGCUGAAGACAUCCGAUCCACGGCCUGCACCGGCUCCAGCCUCCUGCAGCCGGUCAGCGAGAUCACCAACCUGCCGCUGGACCAGGUAAACUUUGUGGUGUGUCAGCUCUGCGCUUUGCUGUCGGCCUUUUGGUUUCGUCUCUUCCUUCAUCCCAGUAAAACCAGUCCCUUCAUCAGACAUGUGGUGGCGACUUUGCUGGGACUCUACUUCGCCCUCUUCUGCUUCGGCUGGUACGCCCUUCACUUCCUGGUCCAGAGUGGACUCACCUACGGCAUCAUGAUCCUGACCGGAGUCGAACACAUGCACAAGUACUGCCUCCUGGUGGCUCUCAGCUAUCUGAGUCUGUGUCAGAUCACUCGAGUCUACGUCUUCGACUACGGCAUGUACUCUGCUGACUUCACAGGCCCCAUGAUGGUGAUAACACAAAAAAUCACCAGCCUGGCAUUUGAAAUCCACGAUGGAAUGGCACGAAAAGAAGAACACCUGACUCCAGGACAGAAGAUUUUAGCCAUCAGGAGGAUGCCAAGUCUGCUGGAGUACUUCAGCUACAACUGUAACUUCAUGGGGAUCUUGGCUGGACCCACCAGCUCCUUCAGUGACUACAUUGCCUUCAUCGAGGGAGACCCCCGUCGCCAUAGGGACCAGGAGGCCGACAGGAAGUCCAACAGCAAGCUGAGGCAAAUGGAGCCGUCGCCAAAUAUGGAGGUCGUCCGGAAAGUGGCCACCUCCUUCUUCUGCCUCCUGGUUUUUCUGUCCGUGUGUAAAGUUUUCCCUGUGGAACGAAACAUUGACGAUGACUUCAUCGCCAACAUGCCAUUCUAUGCUCAGGUGGUCUACCUGUACCUGUCCAUGCUGACCACCAGGCCUAAGUACUACUUUGUCUGGACGCUCGCUGAUGCCAUCAACAAUGCCGCCGGCUUCGGCUUCAACGGUUACAACGAUGACGGUUCUCCUCGCUGGGACCUCAUCUCCAACCUGAGGAUCCUCAACAUCGAGUUAGCCACCAGUUUCAAAGUGUUCCUGGACAACUGGAACAUUCAGACGGCACACUGGCUCAAAAGGGUGUGUUACGAGAGAUGUCCCUACCACCCAACAGCAGCCACCUUCAUCCUGUCGGCCAUGUGGCACGGAGCUUAUCCAGGCUACUACCUCACCUUCCUCACCGGCAUUGUCGUUACACUGGCUGCCAGAGCGGUCAGACACAACGUCCGGCCAUACUUCCUGCAGUCACCCACCCACAAACUGAUCUAUGAUGUCAUCACAUGGGCGGCCACUCAGAUCGCCAUCUGCUACACAGUGGUGCCUUUUGUCCUGCUGUCUGUGGGUCCAUCCAUCAAGUUUUACAGGUCCUGGUACUUCAGCCUUCAUAUUGGCUGCAUUCUGUUGGCAGUGGCGUUGCCGGUCAAACCGAAACAUCUCCGCCUCAAAGACCAGCAGAGGAACCUUCUCCAGGAGCCGGUCCAGCACCACCUGGGAGCUACAGACAGCAACUGCAGCCAGAAGGAAAAGACCACAUGAGACAGAGGACAAUCGUGUACAUUAUCUUUCUGUUAACUUGUAUAGAAAGACACGGAGGUGAGCCAUAUCAAACAGACCUUCCUCCUGUCUGGGCUACACAAACAAUGGUCGUGACACCAAGUUAAAAUACUGUAUUAUUUGAACUCACAGGACUGAAUUUUGAACGCCUGUGAUGUACUUGAUGAGGUGCCAGGACUAAAUCUCCAAUAACCAACAGAAGGAACACUUUUUGGGUCAGGUGGCAGGUUAAGAUGAGUCUGCAACGCUGGAGGAUAUAAAUACAUAUAUAUAUGUAUAUAUAUAUACUGUAACUUCAUGUGGAGCAGUGAGUAUGGAACAACACAGCCUGCCCUGAACCGUCACGGCCACCCCUGUACUGCUGAACAGGCUCACUUUUCUUUCCAGCCAGAAACCUGCUGACUAUCCAUCUGCAGAGAUGAAUGAAUUAAGGGAGGAAUAAAUGAAAGGAUUAAUAGGAAAAUGACUGACCGGGUGAUGAAACGAGUACAUGAACGAAUGAAAGCACGUUAAAGAAAAGUCCAUUAUAUGAGAAGACUUAAAGAGCGAGUGGAUGAAAGAAUGAGUGAGCAGGCCAGUUAGUGCAUUAAACGAUGAACAAAGAGGCAGAAAAGGGUGAAGAUGAUCCUCCACAUUCCUCGCAGACCAUCAUCAUGAUGUAUUAAACCACUACGCCACACUGUCCAUAUGAGUUUGGAGAAAGUGCCAAUAAUUAUUCCACUCAGUCGCCUUAGUUGUUCUGUUUUUUCAGAGAAGUGUUGGAAAGUGCUGCUUCAGGAUCAGUCCUGACUGUACUCCGGAUGUGUGCGUGAGGAAGAUGUUGUGUUUACAUUUGUAAAUGUCGCGUUCUGUCAAGUUGUUAUUUAUGUAAUUUAUGUCAUUCCAGACAGAUUCAGAUGGAGGAAACACUCAGAUCAGGUUCCCCUUCCAUAAAAUCACACAACAGCAGGAAUUAAACCCAACAAUUCACCUGAAGGGGUUCGCUCGUUUUAAUUUAGAAGCCUAAACACGUUAGCUAACCUUUAACAUAGCGGCUAAGAUAAUCUGGGUCACGGUAGCCGACAUGUCCGUGUAGCACGUAACACUCGUUGAGGUUAGCUAAAGGCUCAGGUUAGCGGUUAUCUGGUUUGGUUCAGCUAAAGCUUUUGGUUUGAAGCUAAAACAGUUUGGUUGAGGUUAGCUAACACUAUAACAGUUCAGUGUAAAAGCUAAAAAUGUUUAGUACAAGUUAUUUAACUUUAACAGAGAAAAGAGACCAUCUUAGCUAACAGCACGCUGAGAAAGCUUAACCUAAACAGUUUGGUUUAGUUUAGCUAAUGGGCAGCUUAGCAGGAAAGUUUGCUUCAGAUUAGCUGAAACUUCAUCAAAGACGUGAAGCCACAGGUUCACAAGUGAUUCAUUCCAGCUAAAAAGUUUGUUGUGUUGACUGAGCUCUCAGUGCAGACGCUAAACCAGUUAAAGCUAGCUAAUGGUUCAUCUUAGCUAAAAACCGUUGCUGUGGGUUAGCUAACAGGACACAGUGGAACCCAGAGGGUUCAGUUUUCCUAAUGGUUCAGCUCAUUAUCUAAACAGCAGCUUCUCCAGCUGCUGUAAAAGUUGUUUUCCUCCAUUGAUGUUUCUUUGAAAUGGGGCAUCAUGCCAUGUUAGCCCAGCGUUAGCUCAGUUAGGCUACAUUAUCUUUUCCUAACGCUCCAUCAUUUCUUUUAUCCUUCUUUUCUUGAUGAUGUUCGAGACACACUAUAAUUUGGAUUCAACAUCACUUUCCACCACAGCGACUUUGUUAAUCAGGAAAGCACAUUUCUUAGUUUUCCUGCGUGUUCCUUGAACUUUGCUGAUGAUUAUUUGAGAUGAUACACGUCGAUGUUCUCGCAGCGAACCAGCCGCCCAUCUGUAGGU